AAACAAGGCAAUUCAGAGGAUUCAGAAGGUCGUUUUCCAACUUCAGAAGGUGGAUUCUCUGAUCAAUACUCUUCGGUAAACAGGUUAACUUUCUGAAGAGUCCUUGGAACAUAACACUGUUUGGCCAUGUUGUCCCCCAACAUGGCAAAGAAGAGUUACAAACAGCGGACCGAGAAGGUUCAGGUUGGUUGCAUGUCAGGGCUGAUCCGCAUGUUCGACUUCCGUCGUGGUCAGAAAUAUCUUUCAGAUGGAAGCCGACGGAUCGAUACAUAUUCAGCUAUAAGGGGCCUAAAAGGUUCUGAAGACUUCCACCGAAUUAUGGCUACAGAUAAUGACAGAAACCAUGGGGUUGAAGCAAUAUAUGCCAGCAGGACAAGUAUCAAAGCACUGAUGGAAGAAGAGAUGGCCAAUGGCACACAGCCCUUGAAGCAACAACAAAAAAACACAUUUGGGGUAUUCUCUAAUGAUACAAAGUCCAUGAAUUUUCCUGAAGGAUCUGAUAUUGACCUAAACUUGGCUGCAAGUCUCAAGGAAAUUUACAGAAGUCAUAAUGAAAGUCAAGGCAGUAGCGAUUCAACCGAAUCUGGUAAUAUUUCUUAUUCGAUUGACCAAGAGAACAAUGCCAAUGCUGCUGCAAAGCCCAAUCAGAUCCCCUGUAUUAUUCAGAAAGCACUAGAAGAUGUGGCCGAAGCGGUAAUAAGCCACCAAUCAGCGAAUGCUGAAUACAUAACCAACAGUGGUGAAGCUAGGUCCAAAGAAUUGGUUGAUGCACUGCAACUGCUGAGCUCAAACAGAGAGUUGUUUCUGAUGCUUCUGCGGGACCCAAGCUCUAGACUGUUACAAUGCCUCCAGAACCUUUACACAUCACUAGGAGGUCCCAAGCUAGAACCGGCAGAACCUGAUGAAGUAACUAAGUUGCAAGGUGUGACUAACAAUAUAGAGCAGUCGGAGGUUUCGCCAUGUAAAGGGCAGAGAAAGAAUAAUUCUUUCUUGAAAGAGGAUAAAUUAGUCAUAAGGAAACCAUCACAGUUAAAUGAUAUUUCCCGUGGCCAUAGCACAAUAGUAAUCUUGAAGCCAAGUCCUGCAAGAAAUCAGAGCAGUCUGAUCUCAAGUAGUGUAACUUCUUCGCCACUAUCAAAUCAUAGUAAUUUGCAAGGUCAGGUCGAAAGUGGCAAAUCUGGUCACCAUUUCUCUCUUAGAGAGCUUAGAAGGAGGCUAAGGCUUGCCACCAUGAGUAGUACUUUUCAGAAUGCUGAUCCACCCAAGCAGUUGGCUGCCGAAAGUAUGUCGAUAAGUUCAGAAAGUACAGAUUCUUCUGACUGUGAGAUAGCUAAGCAACCAUCCAUUGAUGACAAGGAAACAAAGUUUGGAGAUAGUGGAAUUGGCAUGGGAAAUGAUGCCACUCAUGGUGUUGGCUCUUUCUCCUAUGAAAAAGCUAGGAAGCAUCUAAUUGAGAAGCUAUACAAUCAAGAUGAAUACAUUUAUCAGACUUUACGUAAAUCAGAAUCCAUUGGGAGAUUAAUUUCAUAUCCGGAUUAUGACACGUUUUCUCCCAGUCAUUUCCCUACAGAGGAGGGUACUACUGUAUCUCAGGAAGCGGCAGACUCAGGGUUACAAAUAAUUGAGCACGAUGAUAGUUCAGCAAAAUUGAUCCCACCAAGCGAAUACCAAGAGACAGUAUCGACCGAUGCAAGCACUUCAGCUACUAAACAGUUGGACGAACUCAGGGCAGAUGUGUUGGAGGAGCACACUAUUUCUCAGGAGCUAAUAAAUGAAGAUGUUAAGAACAUGCAGGGUGCAGCGGAAAACCUACAACUCUGUAACGAGGUCGAAGACUCAACUGAAAGCUUUGAAGAAAUAAAGUCAAAUCAGUUCUCCUCCGAGGAACCACAUCCCAUGAAUGCGUUACCAGAAGUGACCCUGCAUUCUCUUGAGGACCCUGUUGAGGAACAAGACGAUCGUAGUCCAUCAGCAGUUGUUGGACUAGCCAAGCCAGCCAUGUUGGCAUUUGAUUGCUUGCCAGAGAAUCUUGAUGACAAAGAGGCGAAACUUAGUCCACAAUCCGUUCUGGAUUCUUCCUUGGGAAAUAGUUCUAGUCCUAGCCAGAAAACGCGAAAACAAGAUGAGUUGUCGAUGCCUAGCUCAAAAGUUCUUUUCGAAGAACUUGAUACUCCUUCAUCGCCAACCUUGCAGAACAGAUCGGAAACAACUAUUCUUUGUGAUAAGUAUGAAAGGGUUUCCUUCAUUAAGUCCGUGCUAGAAGCUUCAGAAUUGCUGGCCAAGGGAACUUCGGAGAGGUGGUAUAUGGAUGUUUCAGUGCUUGAGACAUCUGUACUGGCUGAAAUAGGAAUGUCAUACUGCCUGACAGACGAUGUGGUUCUUCUUUUUGAUUGUGUUGAAGAAGUUCUUCUCAAGAUAAGUGACAACUUCUUUGGUGGUGACCCUUGGGUAGCUUUUCUGAAACAAAAUGUGAGACCAGCUCCACUGGGAACAGAACUCAUUAAAGAGGUGGCUAAGUGCAUCGAUUCGAUUGUCGACGCUGAACUUCCGAAAACACUGGACCAGGUGGUGAUGAAAGAUUUGGAAGUUGGGCCGUGGAUGGACCUUCAAUGCGAUACUGAAAAUGUUGCUAUUGAGGUGUGGGAUGGUGUGCUUGAUGACUUGCUGGAAGAGAUGGUAUUUGACCUGUGGCUUUAAGAUUGUAGAUCUCUGUAGUCAUCCAUGAAGCUGCAACCGACCAAAUCUGAAAAGGAUUUUAUAGAUUUAGCAGUGUUUUCUUUUCUGAAGAAGAUGAAGGUUCAGCAGUGUUCUGUUAUAAGGAGAGGUAAAGUCAGUAUUGAUAGAUUUCAACAGAUUAUAGAGUUAGUCAUCAUUUCAUCAUGACAGAGUUAGAUUCCAUCUCCGGAUGGAGUGAAUAACAGUUUUUCGUGCAGCCGAGUAGGCGAGUAGCUGUGUCCAAACACCAGGAAUUGGUUUGUUAUGCUCCUUUUCUCAAUCCCCGUUCGCUGUAAAAUUGUGAAAACAGGAAAAAUAAAUCUGGCUGUGCA